AUGUUUGGGCAUAGUGAAAUAUUAUCGAACUUUGAAACAGUUCAAAGACGGAAAAGGAAAGAGAACCGUCCUCGACGUCAACGUACGACAUUCACCAGUGAGCAGACACUGAAGUUAGAACUGGAGUAUAACCGAACUGAAUAUAUCACACGACCUCGACGAUUUGAAUUGGCUGAGAUGUUGAACUUGACAGAAACUCAGAUCAAGAUUUGGUUCCAGAACCGAAGAGCGAAAGACAAACGGAUCGAAAAGGCACAAAUGGAUCAGCAGAUGAGAGCUCUCAGCUAUGGUGGAGCAGGAAAUCCUUAUUCUCUUACGUCAAGUUAUCCAACAUUUUGUGGUGGAUGUUAUUACAAACCAUCAGCAGCAAUUGAACCAGCACCCACAUUCCCUCCACCGUUUCGACUUGUUUAGGAUGUUAGUCGACGACGAAGAGUGACGAAAAGUGAAAGACAAUGUCGUGUCAUUACAAGACGAUAAGAAGAAAUAUUUCCACGUCAGUGAAGCGGAAUAGAUGGUUUAAUGGAAUGAUGAAGUUUCGAAACUUGGUACAACGAAAUUAGAAGCGGAACGUCAAACAGAAAUGAAGGGAUCUGAAACUUUGACUUAAUUUGCUACCAGAUCAGAUUAACAAAAAUUACUACUAUAAUAAUAAUAAUAAUAAUAAUAAUAAUAAUAAUAAUAAUAAUAAUAAUAAUAACAACAACAGCAACAACAACAACAACAACAACAACAACAACAACAACAACAACAACAACAACAACAACAACAAUAAUAAUAAUAAUAAUAGUAAUAAUAAUAAUAAUAAUAAUGCAAUUAUUAAUGUUGUUCAGUACCUUGCUACUUGUCCUUGUUGAUUCUUGUUGUACGCAUACUGAUAAAUUGAUUAUCUCUGCAGCAACAAAGUUCUCAUAAGAAAUUGGAUUACAUUUCAAACAGCUAAACCUGAAACAGCAGUAAAGGCGGAACUACUGACGUCACAUAAGUCAGAUUUGACUUGCUAGUAACAGUAGAUAAAUCUCUCUCAAAUCAUACCUAACCGUCUUAAAAGUUGAAGAGCAGUCAUGUGGUCCUGGAAAUCAAUAAGAUUAUGUGGUUCUGGAAAUCAAUAAGGCACAACAGGUGCAGCGGGGUUGCCUUUGAUCAUAGGUCUGGGUCUGCAGGGUCAGAGCUGGCCUGUGAUUAAACAACAAUAACCAUAAAGGUGUUUCUUUACACAAAUCUUGGGCAACCUCCUACCCACGUGACCCAGAUGGUAGUCUAACGAAAUAAUUUUAAUUUUUUUUUUUAGUAGUGCAACCUGCUUGAUGAAGAGUCAUACUUCAUGCGGCCCGCUUCUCGAAAAAGAUUGUCCAUGCCUGCUAUACAUGGUCAAUACCUCCACUAAAUGAAUCUCUCACAUAAACAAACUAACAGACUGGUUUAGUUUAACAAAUCUUGUUCGAAUACGACAUUAGAAGCAUCAACAUUCCUGAUUGAGGAACAGGCAAUUGUCAUGUGAGGAAUAACUACAAUUCCUGCAAUAUGUAUGGAAAGUGUCGCCUCUGUGCAGCAUUUUCUGGGACAAUACACUGUAUUUUAUCAGGGUGUUCCAUAGUAAAUCCGACAAAAUAUACUUGAAGACACAAUAACAUACCAAACUUAGCAUAUAUUUGCUUGACCAUCCAAUUUCAUUUCUGAGAAAAAGCUCUCUGGUAUUCAUAUGAAGUUUCACAUGUCUUUAAAAAUGAUGAUGUGAUAACACAAGGCAAGCUUAACCUAAAGAGAGACCGUCAUGCAACCCAUAAUAUAAUGAACAUCGUUUUCUUUGGAAAAAUGAGAACAGUGAACUAACUAUGGACAUAGCAAUACCAAAGGACAGCAAUGUUGGGUCGGAAAGAGUUGAGAAGCUGAGAAAUGACACUGUCUAAUCUGCUGAAUUUAAAGUAUGGUGUUUGGAUGAUGUGUCUAUUAUUCCAUCUGGAAUUGUUGUAAUCGGACGGAUACACAAUAUUUUCUCUAAGUACAUCGUAUAUUGGGACAGGCAUUAGAAUAUUCCAGAAAGUGAUGAUGCUAAGAGCUGUAAAUGUUGGUAGGAACUUCUCAAACAAUGUUUUUUAACACUUAACAUUUUUGUCACUGUUUACCAAGAUGUACCUUGAUUAUUUUAGCAGAUAGGAAAAUCUUGAUGCAUUUCCUAAACCAAUAAUAAUAAUAAUAAUAAUAAUAAUAAUAAUAAUAAUAAUAAUAAUAAUCCCUAAAGACUUGAAUAGACGGAUAGAGGAAAUAGGCAUAAAACCUAAUUUAGUACUGUGUAGUUCCAGAAAACAGUAUUAUUAGGGACAGCUAGGAUACUUAGGAAGGUACUUGGCAUCUAAGAUUACUUGCUCCGAUAUUAGGAAUCUUUUUUCCAACAGUCUAAUCUGUUGUGCAUAUAUGAAAUGAUAAUAAUAACAUUAAUAUUAAUAAAUCGAUCCCAGUAAGUGCAACUGACAUAUGAUUAUUACACACAAAAUAUUGCUUGAAUAAUACACAAUACGAACGAAUAUAAAGAACAAAUGAACUCUCGAGACAAUAAAUAACUAAACCAUAUCCAUUAAUAAAUCAAACAGCAUGAAAAGCACGACCGGUUCGUCAGAAUGAAUAAGGAAUUUCGUAACAUGAGUUUAGUGCGAGCUCGAUAUGGAAAUAUGUAGUGAUUCGGAAACAGUGUCUUCUCAAAGGAUUAACUCCGAAAAGGUUAACUACGAGCGUGGAAAAUUCGAAAAAGGGGGAAAACAAUUAGAAGGGAGCAUUCAGCCAAUGAACACUACAUCGAAGUGUUAAAUAUCUGCUGUACAUCACUAUUAUAUCCAAUACAUACAAGCACUGUAAAUAAAAGUAUGAGUUGUGGACAAUAAAAACUGAAGAAGCGAGGAAAAUUAUAAAUGCGUAAACACUUGAGAAUGUACGGAGAUUUUUAAUAAAAAAAUAAGAUCCCCAAAAUUGUGUUGUACAUACUCUACACAACAAACAGAUGAAACACUUAAAACAAAUGUCAUAACUAAGCCAAUUUGACGUGGUACACACACGUAAUUCUAAAUGGUCAAAACACAAUGCUGCACAUACAUCUCAGGAACACGGAAGUGCAGCUGAUAGUGCAGCAGAAACUCACAUAAAACUACUGGAAUCAAAACAAAAACAACAGCAACGUCAACAACAGCAACAACAGCAACAACAACAACAACAACAACAGCAACAACAACAACAGCAACAGCAACAAUAAUAAUAAUAAUACUUCUGCGACGUAAUUUCAUCUCGCAUAAUAUUGCAUAUUCAGGAUGAAAAAAGAAGUAAAACUCGAACGAUUCAUCCAUCUUUGUAAUAACUAAUAACAGACGUCAGAGGAUCGAGACUGCUUUCCUUUUCAUUCCCUGCUUUCUAUUCCUCUCCCUCUGCCCCUCCUCCUUCUUUUCUGUCUGUCUGUCUCUCUCACCCACUCCCACACACCCUGCUCCCCGCUAUGUCUUCAACUUCUUUUAGACGUCAGUUGAUCGUUGACUCAUUCUAUUCACUAUAUUACAUACAUGCACGCAGAUUCGUAGAUGCAUACAUAUAUGUGUGUGUGUGCAUACACACACGCUUGCACACACACACACACACACACGCACACUCAUAUGUAAGGAUUAAAUAUAAUAAAUCUCUUUCUACCUCACAACAAAUAUAUAUAAAGUUAUGAAGAAACCUCCGUUGUUCAGAAACUGCGCGAGACAAUCAUUGAGCGCAGGAGACGACAUCAGUGUUGUGAAGGUGCUGGAUUGAAGACCUACACUGCAUCUCACCAACUAGAACUCAUUGGUCAAGGUAGACUAGAGCAAAACGUCGAGGUGGUUACGGCCGUAAAGCCUUUGUUCAUAAGUCAGUUUGGUCAUGCUAGAGCCAGGGACGAAGGCUACCACCACCACUACUACAACUCAGAACUGUAUUGUGCUGUAUUGAUUUCUAUUGACAUUAGUAUACUAUAUCAAAUCUGUACACAUGUUAUUUUGUUGUGUGUGUUUGUAUG